AUGAAGAUUUUCACACUCGUAUUACUCGUUCUAGCUGCUGUAACCUUGGCUUCUGCUGAGAUGCAAAGGAGUUCUGGUACUACGAAUCUUCCCCAAAUGAAAUCUAACCUUACGAAAGAUGAAACUUGCCCCAGUGGAUACUAUGCUUGUACAGACAGUCUGGGUGGAUGUUGUCCAAAUGGGCACAGUUGUACUGACGGCGGCUUUACGUGCAGUAAAACGACGAAAACUGAAGAUAACAUUUUUAUAGGAGUGGGCAUAACAGUUGCAGUGCUCGGAGUCGGCCUAGUAGUAGUAAAAAUAUACAAGAAAUGCUGCGGACAACAUCAUAAUGGCACACCCAGCAAUGGCGGCCGGCCCUAA